AUGCCGCCCUCUGCAGACGUUGCCUCUGCCGACUCGCUCCACGCCGAGCCCAAGGCCGCCACCGCCAAGCCGCGAUGGCCGCUAUGGAAGAAGCUCGCGCUCGUGGGCGUCGUCCUAGUCGUCGCCAUUGCUCUCGCCGUCGGUCUUGGUGUAGGCCUGAGCAACCGAGGCGGUGGCGAUGAUGAUGAGAACAACAACGACAACGGCAACAACAAUGGCGGCGGCGGUGGUGGUGGAGGCGGCACCGGCGGUGGCAACUCGACCAGCCGCGAGUCCCUCUGGCAGCCCGAGGCCGGCGCGUCGUGGCAGAUUGUGCUCAUCAAGCCCAUCGAGGUGCCCGCGAGCGGCGACGUGACGCCCGACGUCGACGCCUUUGAUAUUGACCUCUUUGACAACUCGGACGAGACGUUUUCGCGCCUGCGCGAGGCCGGCAAGAAGGUCAUUUGCUACUUCAGCGCCGGGUCGUGGGAGGACUGGCGCGAUGACAAGGAUGACUUUGGCGACGACAACCUCGGCAAGGAACUCGACGGCUGGCCCGGCGAGAAGUGGGUGGACGUGGCCAGCGACGGCGUCCGCAACGUCAUGAAGAAACGCAUCCAGCUCGCUGCCAACCGCGGCUGUGACGCCAUUGACCCCGACAAUGUUGACGGCUUUCAAAAUGACAACGGCCUCGGCCUGACCAAGGAGAACGCCAUUGACUUUGUCAAGUUCCUCUCCGAGACGGCCCUGCAGUACAACAUGUCGACGGGCCUGAAGAACGCCGGCAGCAUCAUCCCCGACGUUCUCGAGGACGUCCACUUCUCGGUCAACGAGCAGUGCGUGCAGUUCUCCGAGUGCGAGACGUUUGCGCCCUUCAUCAAGGACAACAAGCCCGUCUUCCACAUCGAGUACCCCAAGGACGCGCCCAGCGUGUCGUCGACGGCCUCGAAGAGGGUGUGCACGCCCACGGGCGAGGCGGCCGGCACCGACGGCUUCAGCACCGUCAUCAAGAAGAUGAACCUCGACGGGUGGGUCGAGUUUUGCGACGGCGAGAAGUUCAACACGACCUUGGACGUCUGA